CACUCAUUACAGCCCAUACAUGAUGGAUUCUGAAAUCCUGUUUCAGCUGGAGGCAUCAUUCCAGCAUCUUUGGCAUUUUGUUUCCAGAGCUGAACGAAGAGCAAAAGCAGAUCUUAUUCUACAAGAUGAGAGAAGAGCAGCUGAGGCGCUGGAGGGAAAGGGAAGAAAAAGCCCGAAUGGAGGAGGCUGUGCUGAGAAAGACAGCAAGGCGCAACCAGAGUAACGGCAAACGCGUGCAGUGGCUGCGGGGCAAGGACGGUGAGGUCUGGGUCUGGGUGAUGGGAGAAGCCCCGGGAGACAAACCCUACGAGCAGAUCUCGGAGGAGCUCAUAGCAGAGCGGGCCAGGCAGCAGGCACAGAAGGAGGCAGAAGAGCUAUGGCGACAAAAGGAAGCUGAAAUAACAAAGAAAUUCCGUGAUGCUAUGGCUCAAGAAAAAGCCAGAAUAGUGGCAGAAAAAUGGAAAAUAGAAAUGGAGGAUCGGAAAGCAGCCAAACUGGAGGAAGAAAAAAUUCAGGAGGAACUGAAGAAAAGAGAAGAAGAGGAAAGACAGAAAGGUGAGGAACUAAUCAGGCAGCAGGAAGAAAUCCGGGCAAAGGAGCUGUACCUGAGCCUCAAGCAAGCUCAGCAGCACAGUCAGCACAGCGACGACGACCAGGAGUGGGAAGAACAGUUGCGCCGCUCCAAGGCUGCUGAUGAGGAGAGGAGCCACAAAGCGCGCAGGGCACGGGACGAAUACCGACGGCAGUCCCUGCGUGCAAUCCAGAAGGGAAGAGUGGCUGGCCUGAGUCAUUUGUUCCAGGGGACAAACCUGAGCAAUGAUCAGGAGAUCAAACUGAACAACAGCAGUGCGAGUCCUUUGCUGUCUCCUGCAGCGUCCAGUAACAUCUGGGAGCGCCCUUCCCGGCCCUUCUCCCGAGACGUCAUCAUUCGCUGGUUCAAGGAGGAGCAGAUCCCUCGGCGGGCUGGCUUUGAGAGGAACACCAACAGGAUUGCUCAGUGGUUCCAUGGCAUUAUCAGCCGUCAGGAAGCAGAGGAGCUGCUGAUGAAUAAAUCUGAAGGGGCGUUCCUGGUGCGAGUCAGUGAGAAAAUCUGGGGCUACGCGUUGUCCUAUCGCCAGCAAAACGGCUUCAAGCACUUCCUGGUUGAUGCUUCGGGGGAUUUCUACAGCUUCCUGGGGGUAGAUCCAAACCGACACCCAACACUCACAGAUCUGAUUGAUUUUCACAAGGAAGAAAUUAUCACGUCCUCAGGUGGGGAGCUACUCCUGGAGCCAUGUGGACAGCAGAAGAAUCCACCAGACUACAGCCCUUUAUUUGAAUGACUGAUCCAGGACCAACAGGAAUGCAUUCUGGAUAGCUGUAGUAAUAGAUAGUUACAAAAGUAAACAAUGGAAGUAGUUAACCCACUUUCAAAGCCACUGGUCUUGUGGCCAAAAAGUAUCCUCAUUAGGAGGCCUAAAAUAUUUCUGGUUUGUAUCUGAAUUAUCAUAAUCAUUAUUCAUGUUGCUAGCACUUGAAAGGUGAUAAAUUACCAGCAAAUUGCAGAAGAGGACUACUUCAAAAAAUUUUUCAAGGGGUUGUAGCCAAUUGCACGGAAUGCUAAAUUCCUGUCCUAAUUUUCUCAUGUUUUAUACUGCAAGAAGCAUGGGCAGGAGCCAUUCACAGAGUACUGUAUGAAGUAUCAGUGUUGGUGAACAGAUUCUGUGUUACAAAGGAAGGUUUGACAGUUUCUGUUGACAAUUUCAUUGCCCAGUGGUGCACUUUGAUGACAAGAGAAGCAGCCUUCAAACAUCCCUGUGAAGUUUGUGAUUGUGUAUGUAAUUAGGUGUAGCUUGAAAGUUGCCAUUAUGUUUUUAAAUUCAGGCCUACAAAGUUCCCCACAGCAGAGACAGAAUAAGGUCAUACACAUUUUAUUUACAUUUUCAUGAAGCCCAAUAGCCUUGGAAAGAACUUUACUCCUGUACAGUAAGUGGUCAGUUUAUUCUAAAGGAAACUGUUUGAUUUGCUGCAAUUCGCUCACUGGCCUUGUCAUGCUUUCCACUUUAAGAUGUGUAACAGACACAGUGGAUAUCCCUAGCUUUACUUUGCUACAAGACUGGGUAUUUUCCUUUUCUGAGUUAUGAGAGGGUGGGGCCGGUGUAUUUAUACAUGGAAAAGGUACAGCUAAUUACAUUAUCAUCAUGCUAUUUUAUGUGUAAAAACAAGAUGCACACAAUGUGUUCCUGAUCUAUUUACUAUAAAUAUUAAGCCCAUGAAAAUAAACCAGAAGCCUAGAUCUGUGGGGCAGUUGCUUAGUGCUUGGACUAGAAAAAUAAUAAAAUCUCAUCACAGUACACAUAGGAAAGGCACACUGAGCAUAUUUCUAUAAGCUACUGCUUUGGGCAUUCUCUGAGCUCUGUGGGGUUCUGUUCAAAAUCCAGGUGUAGACCCCUCCUGAAUCUCCUGUAAAUCCUUUUGCCCUCAGUCAUUUGACUCUUGACUCAUUGUUACCUUCUGUACUCUGUCUGAUCUGGAUGGUAAAAUCAACUAGGAAAAGAAACUUGUCUUAUCCAAGCCAAUAAAGCACACUAAACAUUUCAGGUGCUACAACAGUAAAUAUUUGUGGUAGUAAUAACAGUAUUUUUUUAUAAUUAAUUUUAUGGCUAGCUCAUAUUAAAGUACAGAUUUUUGUACACAAGCUGCAUUCUUGGUCAGGAACCUUUUCUUCUGUUAACAUUGGGUUUUGUGUGACUUAAUCCAUCAGUGUUUGUGGCCCAUGAAAAGAAAAUUCUAUUGAAUUUCCCACAGAGACAGCUGGGCAGUUUCUGUACUAAUCACUUGGCACACUGACUCAGGAGGUUUUAAGUAGUUACUGUUAGCACCUCAGAACAAAGCAAGUCAGGACACAGCACAUAAGCAAAAAAGAUUUGUGUUCUCUGAGAAACCAGCUCUGCACUUUCUCCUUCCUUCAGAGGCAUCUCAAGAACCACCUCAGCCUCAGGUUAUUCACAGCUGCACAGUUUUGUCAUGGAACAACUCGACCUCUACUUAAAGGAGAAUGGAAAGUGACCUUUAAAACAAUAAAAAGUAUAACUAUGCACAGACUUACCUCUAAAGUCAGAAAGCAGUAGGUGACUGUACAGGGUUAGACACCUAGGUGUCUUUUCAGACCAGUCUUUGCCCUUAUGCAUUGAAGAAAACCCCCAAAAAACCAAGAACAACAACAAUAAAAAGCCCCAUGAAAUGCCACUUUUUCUCUGGAAAAGGUGCUAGGCAUGCUAGAACACAUGCAAAUUCCAAAGUUUGGGGAAGAUUACUCAACACAGUAUUGUGAAUGUUUAUACACAGAAUAUUGAAGAACUUGUUCCACAUGCAAUUCACAUUGAGAAGCUGAUAAUAAUACAGCCAUUUAUUACUAGUGACACAGUUCCCAGCAACUGCUUGUGUUUAGUUUAGCAUUAAGAAGGCCUGGAAAAAAUAGCUCUUUAGCUUAUGUGUCCUCUUGUGAUGUAAUUAACAUUAUUUUCACUUCAGAGCACAUUUCCUAAUUAAAAUUUUCUAAUUUUUUGCCUGCAUUCCAUCAAUUUCUCACUCUAAGUUUUACCUAGCUUUAAAAUAAAGCCCUUAUAAGUUCCCCUGCAAAUGAUAUUACUUGGAAUACUGCAAUUUCUUCUGAGAGUUUUA